AAAAAUAUCAGAUGCUGCACUGGGAACUUAGUUGAAAGCUACUCCUGAAGCAGGACAGUGGACUGGGAGUAACUGGGAAGCACUGACUGGACGGAAAAUGGAGAGCAAUGAAGGAGUGGUUUUCUCUGAAUGCUGGAACCAUUUUUUCAUUGGAGACAGGCCACAGGAAUUCAAGUUUUGGCCAAUUCCCCACUUUCUGCUAGACUUUGCACUGGUGUGAAGUGUGUUUCCUCUGUGUUGAACAUGGCCCCGACGUGCCUGCAGCCCCUGCUGAGGUACCGCUCCUUCGCCAUCCUCUUCCUCACGCCGCUGCUGCUGCUGCCGCUGCCGCUCACUGUGCCCACGCGGGAGGCCAGAUGUGCAUAUGUCAUCAUCAUCAUGGCUGUGUACUGGUGCACUGAAGUGAUGCCCCUGGCUGUCACCUCCCUCAUGCCAGUGGUAUUUUUCCCUCUGCUUGGAGUUCAAACCUCUAAAAAAGUGUGCUUGCAGUACCUAAAUAACACAAACAUGCUCUUCUUUGGAGGGCUGAUUGUUGCAAUUUCUGUUGAGCAGUGGAAUCUUCACAAAAGGAUUGCACUGAGGGUCCUUCUGAUUCUUGGGGUGAAACCUGCACUCCUGAUGCUGGGAUUUAUGGCAGUCACUGCCUUCCUGUCAAUGUGGAUAAGCAACACAGCCACCACUGCCAUGAUGGUUCCCAUUGUCCAGGCUGUCCUGGAUCAAUUGGACAGCACAGAGAAUGAUGUGACCCUGGUGGAGCAAGCAUCUGGACAAACAAAUACAGUGAUUGAAUUGGAGGAAAAGAUCACAUCAGAGUCCACUGCAGUGCAUGUUGUAAGCAAUGAACAAGUCACUGAUGACCCCAAAUCUUCUGAGGAAAAGAAAAUGAGGAAGCGUAUAUGCAAGGGAAUGACACUUUGUGUAUGCUAUGCUGCCAGCAUUGGAGGAACUGCAACACUUACCGGAACAGGACCAAAUGUGGUACUGAAAGGCCAGAUGAAUCAGUUAUACCCCAACAAUAAUGAUGUUGUGAACUUUGCUUCCUGGUUUGGAUUUGCAUUCCCAAACAUGGUCCUGAUGUUGGUGCUAGCUUGGCUUUGGUUACAGUGCUCCUUCAUGGGACUCAACUUUAAAAAAAGCUGGGGCUUUGGGACAGAGAAAACUGCCAAAGAAAAAGCUGCAUACAGUGUGCUGAAGGCAGAAAUGAAGAAGUUAGGCCCUAUGUCUUAUGCUGAAUUUAAUAUCCUCCUCUUGUUUGUAUUGCUGGUGCUCUUGUGGUUUUCCAGAAACCCAGGCUUUGUAAAAGGCUGGGCUGCCAGGCUCUUCCCAGGAGGAGAAAAGUAUAUCACUGAUUCUGUUCCUGCUGUGUUUAUUGCCCUGUUACUGUUUAUCCUUCCUGCUCAUAAGCCCAAAUGUAAAGCCUGGAAUCCAAGCAUGUCUGACCCUGAACAGACUGAAGAAGAUAAAAAAAAGCCAUUUUUAUCAGCCCCGCUGCUAGACUGGAAUGUGGUUCAAAGGAAGAUGCCCUGGAGCAUUGUGCUGCUGCUGGGAGGAGGUUUUGCUUUGGCAGAUGCAAGCGCAAACUCUGGGCUCUCAGCUUGGAUGGGUCAUCAGAUGACUCCACUGGGAUCUAUCCCACCAUGGUCCAUUGCAACAGUGAUCGCCCUUAUUACAGCUGUCAUCACUGAAUGCACCAGUAACGUGGCCACAGCUACCCUCUUCCUGCCUAUCUUUUCAUCCUUGGCUGAAUCUAUUAAGAUCCACCCUUUGUAUAUUAUGCUGCCUGCUACUCUCAGUGCUUCAUUUGCCUUCAUGCUACCUGUUGCAACACCACCAAAUGCAAUAGUGUUUUCUUACGGCCACAUCCAUGUUUUGGAUAUGGUUAAAGCUGGAAUAGUGAUGAACAUGAUUGCAGUCUGCUGUGUCACACUGGCCAUCAACACAUGGGGAAGACCUAUGUUUGAGCUGGACACAUUCCCAGCUUGGGCAAACAGCACAAGAAACCAGUGACCUGUGAAGAAUUUGUGUGUUGAACAAGUGUUUGGCUGAAGCUGGAGGAGUACCACAGUCACAGAAGUCUGUGUGCCAGUGCCUUCAAUACACCAACGUUUUUACACUAUUUCACCCAGUUUGCAGCUUGCUUGAACCGUAUUUGGCAUCUGCGGAUGAAGUGGUUGCACACGACUGUUAUCGGCUGCCUUCUGAAAUGCACAUUACCUGCCAGUUUCUUGACCUCAAAAAAGUGAACUUAGUGAAGAGUUAAGCCUUUAAUUAAAUAUGUUCUGACAAUUGUUUUAGUCACUGAAAACUAUGAUUUUGUUUCUAUUGAAUUACAAUUAUAGCAUUGGAGUAAAAAAAUUGCAGACUUUGUGCUGGCUUGUUAUAUAUAUAACAUAAUGCAUACUCUGCUCUCUGUUAUUUAACCAUAUUUGAAGCAGGAUGCUCUCCAUCUACAGGAGCUGUCUUGCAUUCUGUGGGUAAAAUCCUGUCAGAUGUCCAUGUUAGUAUCAGUUUGCAUUCUAUUCCAAAGCAAUGGGUAAAUGGGAGUGAACAAGAGGGGAUGUCUUAGGUUUCAUGCACUGGUGAAGCAGUGCAUGAAACAUUUCCCUAUUUCAUCUCACUUGAUCAGUUCUGUGAUGAAAUUGCUGGACCUUUUUUCUCUCUGGUGCAAAUGCACUGCACUAUGGUGUCACAGAGGAAUCUUUUGCAGCAUUUCUCUUCCUCAGCGUUUACCUUCAAGAUUCAACAGCAUGCCAGAUGAGACUUUAUUUUCUCUUGUGUCUCAUAAAACCGUGGUGGCUUCAGGUCCCAGAAGUGGCUCAAUUUACGAGCUGUGUCUCUAUGCUAGCUCUAAUGAGUUAAGAUAAACUUACUGUCCUAAACCAUCACAUUUCCAGGCAGGCAACAGCAAUGACAGCAGUCUAGUCUCUAUGAAAGGAGAAACUGAGGCAGCAAUGUCAUCCUUGUUCUAUGACAAUAAGACAAAUUUCUGGCUCACAGUUAUAUUAACACAUGUCCUGCAAGUUUGGCUCACCUGACAUUUAAAAACAAAACAAAAUGAAACAAACAAACAAAAAAAAUUCAAACUUUUCUUCAAUAAUGUUCUUAUAUAUAAAAAUAUUUAAACUAUAAAAUCUCAUAUACUAAAAUCCUGAUUUUCAAUUUUAUUCCUAAUUUUGAUGGACAAGAAUUGAGAUGUUUGACUUAACUUGGGCAAACCUACAUUGUAAUUUAUUUUUGUGACCAAUCCUUUUUUAGGAUUCUCUCCUCUGAAGUCACUCUUGGGAAAGAAAUCCUGUUCUAGAAUAGCAAUGCAGACACGUGGGAUCUAUUUGAUCUCUUCUUUUAGAUCAGAGUCUGUGUUUACUGGGGAGUGACUUGUUAUGUUUUAAUAUAGUAAUAGUAGUACUCCACAACCACUAAAAUGUUGCCUAAGAAAGCAACUUUUUUUUAUUAAGAAAAAAAUAUGCAUGAAUCCUUUUUAUAUGGUUUUUGUAACGAAAUUCACAGGGGAAAAUUCAUACUGCAUAGGAAAAUAUAGUAUUAUAGAAAAUUGCUAUGUUGGACGCCAAAAAUACUUCAACAAAUGAAAAUUGAAAAUAAUUAAAACAACAAAAAAAGGAAAAAUUAGAAGGAUUUCAGGUAAGCCUGUAGAGAUUGCUUCCACUGCUACUGCUCACUAAAGGAGCAUUUGCUUGUUAAUGGUUUUAUUCUGAGACAACUGUGUUUUAAUUAAUAAAGAAUUAAGUGUAGAGGUUGACAGAAA